AUGAUGAACAAAACACCAAGAACUUUCUCAAAAGAAAACAUCAUUCGCAUCAUCAGCAAAACUGACAUCAUCCCCGAGGACUUGUUUGAGAUUAUGGGAGAAAUUAACGAAAAAGUAUUAACCCAAACUCCCAGAAUUCCAAAAACCAAACCAAAUAUGAUGAUUCUCUCUACUCAAGAUCAUGAUUACGAAGAAACUCUAAACUCUCUCUUUAAAUAUGGUAUCAGUACUGGAACUUUUAUUGCAUCACCAGGAACCUUGCAACCAGGUGAAGGUCUCUUUAAAGUUGAAUACAAGAGCCCAAACAAAACCAAUGUUCAAGAGAAAAUUGGCAUACUCAUUCAUAUCUUGAGAACCCAUGCAGUCAGUUCAAUCUACGCGAAUCUCUAUGUCAGCAAUGAUACAUUCUCCCUCUUAGUUGGACACACUGACAAGAAUGUGAUCACUACCAUUGUCAAUAGCAGCCAAGGCGUGUUUGUAGAAAUUCCAAAGCCUUUCAUUUCAAAAAACAGUGAGGAGUACUAUAAAAGUGGUGUAUGCUAUUUCCCAGAAGCAACAUCACCCAAUGACAUUAAGGAAGCAGUUAAGAAAUCACUUGAAAAUUCUCCCGUUAAUUUUGAUGAAAACAAGCUCAUCAUCACAAAACUUAAAUCGAGUUACUCUUCCGGUGGUUACUAUUACAAAGUCAUUUAUAUUUGCAACAACCAAGUGGAGUUAACACAGUUGUGUCAAAAGUGGGUGCCCUUAAUGAUCAAAAAUUCUCCGGCAUCUAAUUAUCAAAUCAUCAAAAAAUUUAAACCAUUAGCAGAACAAAGAGAUAGCACAACUUCAUUUAAACGGUUACAGGGUGACAGCGAACGAUUAGGACCUGUUAAGGAAUUAGAAAUGAAACUUGCACAGCAUGACCAGAAAAUACGAGAAAUGAAGACAACAAUGGACUCUAUUCAAAAGGAUAUUGAUGAAAUGAAACAAGUUCUCUCAAAAUUGCCAGAAACAAUUCAUCAAUCUGUGUCUUCCUAUGAUCGUUUCAUGAGAAUAAGACCAACUGGACAAUUAUUCUUUUUACCUUAA